AUGUCAUUCCUUACAUAUGCGCGCGACGAGCGCGUGUUGGUGGUGGGCCUCACUGCGGCCUUCGUGGGUGUCGUUGCCACGAUGCGCGUGCUCCUCCAACAAUGGCGCGACGGAACUGAGAUCAAGCCGCAGCAGCCCACGACGCAGUACAUCACACAGGAGACCGAGGACUCCCUCAGACCAAGCACCCUAGAUAUGCUUCUAGGUCAUUACAACUUUGCGAUCCGCGAGGUUGCAGCCAAGAUUGUAUGCGAUAGAGCUGUUAACGACGGCGAGACGAUUGACUAUCUGCUCUGGGGAAUCACACGGCCGGAUUACGACGAGCGCAUGAAGAACCUGCGGACGCUUGCCUUCAUAACAGACCCUCGUAUGAGUUACCACCGCUGUUGUACUGAAAGCCUAUCCAAGCUGAACACCGGGCGCGCUUACUCCGCAUUCGUCCGCUCCCUCGAGCAUUGCCUUGCCGACCGCGCACCGCUGGAGAAGCUUGACGACAGGUGGUUUGAUGAAUACGGGCUUCGCGAUAUGGCCGAGAAGCUCUGCUUCAUGUUCAUCUCGCAGCUCAUGCAGAAGUACGGGCCAGACAAGUUCAUUCAGGCCGGGAUCGUGGAGAAGUGGCUGGCGAAGCAGAACUGGGGCGACAAGCCCGAGGAGAGGGAGCACAACUUCUUCCAGUACAUGUACAAGACGAACAGGAUUGUCGAGAUUAUCCAGAAAAUCCAGCAGAGUGCUAUCGGCCGAGAUGCUUUAGAAAAGGCGGGGCUCAUGCCGAAGACUGUCUCGCAGAGCUUCGACGUCUUCGCGUCGAUACAUAUCGAGACGGAGAUCCUGGAUGGCGACAACGCGGAGCCCACGCCGAGGAACCUGGAACAGAGCCCUGAAGAGCAGAGGAUUAGACAUCGACACCGCGAGGCCAUGGUCUUGAAUGACGGGACAAGGCCACUGGGGCGGUCCGAUAUCAUCGAGAGGGAACAUCACACGCCACCGCCUUGA